CGCCGGGCUCAGCAUGCCCGGGGUGAAGCUGACCACCCAGGCCUACUGCAAGAUGCUGCUGCACGGCGCCAAGUACCCGCACUGCGCCGUCAACGGGCUGCUGGUGGCCGAGAAGCAGAAGCCGCGCAAGGAGCACCUGCCGCUGGGCGGCCCGGGCGCCCCCCACACCCUCUUCGUGGACUGCAUCCCCCUCUUCCACGGCACGCUGGCCCUGGCGCCCAUGCUGGAGGUGGCCCUCACCCUGAUUGAUUCAUGGUGCAAAGAUAAUAGCUACGUGAUUGCUGGUUAUUAUCAAGCUAAUGAACGAGUGAAGGACGCCAGUCCAAACCAGGUUGCCGAGAAGGUGGCCUCCAGGAUCGCCGAGGGCUUCAGUGACACUGCUCUCAUCAUGGUGGACAACACCAGGUUUACGAUGGACUGUGUGGCACCCACGAUCCAUGUGUAUGAGCAGCAGGAGAACAGGUGGCGGUGCAGAGACCCACACCAUGACUACUGUGAGGAUUGGCCCGAGGCGCAGAGGAUCUCAGCCUCACUCCUGGACAGCCGGUCCUACGAGACGCUCGUGGAUUUCGAUAACCACCUGGAUGACAUUCGGAAUGACUGGACAAACCCAGAGAUCAACAAAGCUGUUCUGCACCUGUGCUGAGCAGGGGCCACGGUGACCGCUCGAGGGGCAUUUCCACUACACUGAAGAAGAAAACCUAUUUUUAAAGCAGAGUUGAAGCCUGGGGAGAGCUGAAGUGGCCUGUGCCGUGGAGAGCAGCACACCAGACAGCAGCGUUGCAGGGGAGAGGCCGAGAGAGGCCCAGACUGCCCGGUCCCUGCGGAUUCUCUCAGUCAUAUGUUGCUGUCAUCUUACAAAUCAGAGCUAUUUCUGCUUGUCCAAGAUUGUUCCUAUUAAACAGUUUUAACUAACCUUUUAUAAUCUGGAGAGGAUACUUUUUAAGGCUUAUGAACUAUUAAAAAAAAAAAAAAAAGCUCA